AUGUCGUCAUUUCAUUUAUUUUUCUUUCUUUCUUAUGUCCUCAUUUCAUUUAUUUUUCUUUCUGUCUUUCUUUCUUUCUUUCUUUUUUAUGUCCUCAUUUCAUUUAUUUUACUUUCUGUCUUUCUUUCUUUCUUUUUUAUGUCCUCAUUUCAUUUAUUUUUCUUUCUUUCUUUCUUUCUUUCUUUCUUUCUUUCUUUUUUUGUCCUCAUUUCACUUAUUUUUCUUUCUGUCUUUCUUUUUUCUUUCUUUCUAUCUUUCUUUCUUUUUAUGUCCUCAUUUCACUCAUGUUUCUUUUUGUCUUUCUUUCUUUCUUUCUUUCUUUCUUUCUUUCUUUCGUUUUACAAUUCAUUCACCUGUUAUCUUAUUUCCUGUCACAUUUGUACAAUUUUCAUCGUUUCAAACACGUCUCCCUCUUUUAUCUUUCUCUUCAUCACUUUCCACUGGAUCUAUCUAUCUAUCUAUCUAUCUAUCUAUCUAUCUAUGCCCAUGCAAUUAUUUAAAAUUAGCAUUCUCCUCAUUAUAAACUAUAACUUAAUAUCUAUCUAUCUAUCUAUCUAUCUAUCUAUCUAUCUAUCUAUCUAUCUAAACACAAUACAUUUGAUAAAGAAAACCGGAAACUAUAACUUAAUAUCUAUCUAUCUAUCUAUUUAUCUAUCUAUCUACCUGUCUGUCUGUUUUAUUCUUUCUUUCGUUCUUUCUUUCUUUCCCAAUAUCUAUCUAUCUAUCUAUCUAUCUAUCUAUCUAUCUAUCUAUCUAUCUAUCUAA